CACGCAUCCAUUGCGGUCAUCAUCAUUCGCCCGCUUGCAUCGUCUCGAGCGCACCGAUCCGCCGUGAUGACCAAGAGCUUCGAGACAGACCCGCUCGUAGCGCCUACUGGCGGCGCUAGCAACGAGCUCCGCGUGAUUCUCGCGCUCUCCGGACCUCUGGUUGCGAUUCAGCUGCUCGAAGUACUCCCAAGCUCCGUCAACGGCAUGCUCACGGGCCACCUCGCGACGCAAGACUCGGAGUCGCAGCUUUUCCUGGCCGCGAUUGGCCUCGGUGGGCUCUUCUUUACAGUGUUUGUCUACAGUGUUGCGAUUGGUGUGAGCACGGCCAUGGACGCGCUCUGCUCGCAAGCGUACGGCAAAGGGUCGCUCCACGAGCUCGGGUAUAUCUUCCAAACGGGUCUGCUCUGCGCGAGCAUGUUGUACCUACCGCUGUCGCUGCUCUGCACCUUCUCAGCCGGGAUUCUCCAGUACCUCGGCCAGUCGUACGAGAUUGCGCUGGCAGCGCAACACCUCACGCGCUACAUGGUGCUCGGCAUUCCGUUUGUCUUUGGCUACGAAUUCCUCAAGCGCGUGCUCCAAGGGCAAACGAUUUUGUACCCGAUUUUGGCUGCAAUUACGCUUGCCAAUGUUGUCAACGGUCUCGUGUCGUACACGCUCAUGUACCACACGCCCUUGGGUUACGCGGGCUCGGCGUUCUCCGCGGCCUUUCUCAACGCCGCAGGCUGCGCCGUCAUGUUGCACAAGGUGAGACAGCUCGAGCCAUGGCACUCGCACUUUGAGUGGAGCUGGACCGAGGCCUGGCGCCGACUACCGCACUUUGCGUCCCUGAGUGCCAACGGGGUCGGGAUGGUGCUCUUUGAGCUUGUGGGCAUGGCGGUUCCUUCCUUUCUGGCGGGCCGACUGCCGUCGCCGGCGGUGGCGAUGAGCGCCAACACCAUCUACAUGGCCUUUCGCUACCUCUUUACCAUGGUGUACCUUGGUAUUAGCUUUGCAGCCGGAAUUCGUGUCGGCAACGCCCUUGGACGGGGCGAUGCGGUCUCGGCCAAGAACGCCGCCACGUACAGCAUCCAGCUCUCUGUCGCGUGGGCGCUGGUGGCGACGGUCGCCAUGAUGGGUCUCGGACCCUAUUACGCGCUCGGCUACACGUCCGACAAGGCCAUUCUGAGCACGGCGAACGAUCUCUUUUGGUACACGGGGCCAGCACAGAUGGCGAUUGGCAUUUGGGGAACCGUCCAAGGCCUCUUUCGCGGCAUGGGGCACCCGCACCAAGGAGCGAUCCUCAACUUUAUUGGGUUCGUGCUUGUCGGCAUUCCGCUCGGCUAUUACCUUGGUUUUGUGUGCGGCUGGGGUGUCGUUGGGCUUUGGCUCGGCUGCUACACGGGCUUUACGCUCUGUGCGAUCUACGGUCUCUACUGGUUCUGCACUGUCGACUGGGAGCGCAUGGUGCAUGAGGUCGAGAGCACCUUUCACCAAACGGCAACGGCCGACGCCUACUAACGCGAAACGAAAUAGACUCGAGUGUCUUUGCCGACUAGCUACCGAGAUGAACACGAGGUGGCAUGAG